ACGGGAGACUAGAGUUCGCUUUUUAUGUGCUGUCCUCGUCCUCCGACAUAUCGCGAGACAUCGAUCCAAUUUCCUUGCAGCCGCUCUUCAAAUAUCCUCUAUAGGCUGAUCGCUGGAGUCUGGACUGCGAUCCCAACGUUUGAAAUAUCGUUCAUAGUUCAGAACUCCGAAGUAUCAAGACAUCGGAAGCUGUAAACUGUAACAAAUGUCAAACGCGCCCAUGAGCACCAGGAGUUCGGAUUUUUGGUUUGACGAUGGCAACGUCAUCCUGGAAGCUGGCAAUGUCUCAUUCCGAGUCCAUAUCAGCAUCCUUUGCCGCAACUCUGUCGUCUUUCGGGAUUUGUUUGAUAUCCCUCAAGGCUCUGUAUCUGAGGAAUCGGACGGGUGCCCGGUCGUGCGGCUUCACGAUUCCUCCGCAGAUGUCAGCGCUUUACUAUCCACCCUCUACGAUGGCAGGAAAUAUCUUCAUCCAUCCCAUGCACCCUUACCCUUCUCGACUGUCGCGUCUCUGAUACGACUAGGCCACAAGUAUCAAAUGGCCGAUGUUCUGGAAGGUGCUCUGGCUCGUCUUAAAUCAUGUUUUUCUAACAGACGGAGCGAUCUCCAUCACUGGACGGCGAACGCAAGCCCCACGAUGACGAUGACGAAUGAGGAUGCAAUCGCUGCUUUGAACCUCGCGCGGCUCACGCAAAGUGACACAAUCCUCCCGCUUGCUACCUUCGGAUGUUGUUUGCUGGAGGAAGAACUCAUCGUGAAUGGAGUCGCUCGAGAAGAUGGCUCGCGCGAUGAAUUGUCCAAGGAAGACGUCAUCAGAGUAUUCAAAACCCGACAGCGCAUACAUGCGCACGAUCUCAAAUCCAUUUCGCUGUACAAGGCAUGCAGUCCCAACUGCAGCAACGAAAGCGGCUGCGCGCGUGGAUUAAGCAAAUUUCGAGAAAUUUUACUGGACCCCGAGGAUGGCCCGUUGUUCUACUGCAACUCGUUCAGAUCCUUCCUCGGACGCGACGCCCCUCCUUAUUUAUGCAACGACUGCAAGGAAUUUAUAGACAAGAAGGAUGAUGAACGAGAGCACCAGUCCUGGGUUGAGUUGCCACAUAUAACGGAUGUAAAUAUGGAAGUCUGGGCUUUGUAGAAAUGGUGAUAUGUUCACCAGUUGAUGUCCGUGACGAAGAUGUCACUUCAAGUGGGCGAAGCAGGGAAGACCUCAAGGCAAAUCCUGCGUGAUACAGUGAGAGAGUCGGUGCGGGUUUUCAUGAGCCUCGCAUGUCGAGCGCGCCAAUUCAAU